UCGAUGUUGCGUAAAUUAUUGCAGUUUCUGAAAUCGGAUUGAGAGAGAGAGAGUGCCUUCGAAUCUUUGGAUAGGCGAAAUCGGAAUCGGAGCGAUUGCUUGGUCAGAACGAUCAUGGAAUCUUCUUCCUGGGUUUACCCCACCGUAUUAUUCUUACGUCCGCUUUUGGCAAUCGCGUUCGUUCUCUGCUUCAUUGCCCUCUGGUGGUUUCUGGCAUGGAAGCUGGUAUUGGUCCAUGUUCCUUUGGUACAAGAGAUAUUUGGUUUGAAGAAGAAAACCAUUAAACCAAAACCGGAAACGCGUGGGAGAUAUAGCAGAUUUUACAACAGCAUCAGUUCUCAGAACCCUGUUCCUCAAUGAGGCUAAAGGUUACAAGCUUCACUUCAAGAUGAGCAAGAAGAGACCUACUGCUGCAAUGAAGGUGCAGAUAGGAUUCAACAUGGAGCAUGGAAAACAAAAGACCAAUCUUUUGUAAUGUUAUGACAGAUCAGUUGUAGGACAAACUAUAGAUUACGGCGAAUGUACAGUGUCCGCUGUCACUGUCCUAUGGGAUGUGCAUAGAAUUGGUUCAAUGACAAAUCUUGGUUUCACUUUCA